CAAAUUUCCAUCGUUGCACCGGGCCAGGAACAAGAGGUACCUCUGGUACGAAGGACCCCGAUUCAUAAAAGCUGUCGAUAUCCCACCUCCCCCCUUCCUUUUCAUGCGCUGCUGUUUGCGUUGUGGUUGCUUGCCUCAUUCAUCAACUUCCUUUUUUCUUCUCCAGCCCCACCUUCCACCCAAAGGUCGCCAGUCAGUUCUCCCAGACUGACUCUCAGGGAAGGAACAACCCCCCAAGACUCGACAACAACCACAAGCCGAGGGAACAAAACGAAGACUCUCGCUCGCUCGCCCGUCAUGUCGACCGACGAGAAGCAUAGCCGCAACAACUCGGUCGUUGCGGCUGCUGGCCUGCACACGACCAGCGAUGUCGAACGCAUCGAGGCCCCCGUCACCUGGAAGGCUUAUGUCAUCUGCGCAUUCGCCUCCUUCGGUGGUAUCUUCUUUGGCUACGACUCUGGUUACAUCAACGGUGUCUCCGGCUCUGAGGUCUUCUACAAGGCCGUCGAGGGCGCCGAUGCCACCUCUCUUACCGAUUCCAACCUCUCUCUGAUCACCUCGAUCCUGUCCGCCGGUACCUUCUUUGGAGCUCUCAUCGCUGGAGAUGUCGCCGAGUUCAUCGGUCGCAAGUGGACUGUCGUCACCGGCUGCUUCAUCUACAUUCUCGGUGUUAUUGUCCAGGUCGCCACCACGCCCAACUCCUCUGCUCUCGGUACAAUCGUUGCUGGUCGUCUGAUCGCUGGUCUGGGUGUCGGUUUCGAGUCCGCCAUUGUCAUUCUGUACAUGUCUGAGAUUUGCCCCCGCAAGGUCCGUGGCGCUCUGGUCGCCGGCUACCAAUUCUGCAUUACAAUUGGUCUGCUGCUCGCCGCCUGUGUCGUCUACGGCUCUCAGCACUACGGCGACACCAGGGCUUACCGCAUCCCCAUCGGCAUCCAGUUCCCCUGGGGUGUCAUCCUCGGUGUCGGUCUGAUGUUCCUGCCCGACUCGCCCCGUUACUUUGUCAAGCGUGGCCGCCUCGACCGUGCCACCGAUGCCCUGUCCCGCCUCCGUGGCCAGCCCGCCGACUCCGAGUACAUCCAGGUCGAGCUUGCCGAGAUCGUCGCCAACGAGGAGUACGAGCGUCAGCUUAUCCCCAACACCACCUGGUUCGGCUCCUGGGCCAACUGCUUCAAGGGCUCCGUCUUCAGCGCAAAGUCCAACCUGCGUCGCACGAUCCUCGGUACCUCCCUGCAGAUGAUGCAGCAGUGGACCGGUGUCAACUUCAUCUUCUACUACUCCACGCCCUUCCUCCAGUCCACCGGUGCCAUCUCCAACACCUUCCUGAUCUCGCUGAUCUUCACUCUCGUCAACGUGUGCUCCACCCCCAUCUCCUUCUGGACUGUUGAGAGGUUCGGUCGUCGCUCCAUCCUGAUCAUCGGCGCCUUUGGCAUGCUUGUUUGCCAGUUCCUCGUCGCCAUCAUCGGUGUCACGGUCGGUUUCAACCACACCCACACUGACCCCAACGAUCCCGAUGCCUCGAUCGCCGACAACAUCCCGGCCGUCAACGCCCAGAUCGCCUUCAUCGCCAUCUUCAUCUUCUUCUUUGCUUCCACAUGGGGCCCCGGCGCCUGGAUCCUGAUCGGCGAGAUCUUCCCCCUGCCCAUCCGUUCCCGUGGUGUUGCCCUGUCCACCGCCUCCAACUGGCUGUGGAACACCAUCAUCGCCGUCAUCACCCCCUACAUGGUCGGUGAGACCCACGGCAACCUCAAGUCCAGCGUCUUCUUCGUGUGGGGUGGUCUCUGCACCUGCGCCUUUGUCUACGCCUACUUCCUCGUCCCCGAGACCAAGGGUCUGUCGCUGGAGCAGGUCGACCGCAUGAUGGAGGAGACUACUCCUCGGACUUCCGCUGGCUGGAAGCCCACCACCACCUUCGCCGGUGGCCUGGACGCCCACGCCCAUGAGAAGGGUGUUGUCGAGGCCGCCGAGCACCGAGGAGACUCGGCCGCCUAAGCACAUCAUCCGUUGGACGCACAGCACCAGGAUGAAAGAUAGUAAGAAGAGAAGAGAGUAUAGGAGUUGUGGAUACCCUUUGUUGGAAAUGUAAUACCCCCAAAGAUGAUUGAUGUCUUGGACGAGGAGAGAGACACGGAACAUGCCGCAACAUGGUCGAUUUAUGACGGAUCGAUUUUUCUGACGGGAUGAUUGGCGUGAUUGCACAUAACAAUAUUUUUAUACAGGAGUUCAUCAACUGCAUCAGAGCGAGAAAGGGGAAAUUCGGACUUAGACGCCGGACCUGGCUCGGACAUCAGCAUGAGCUUCCUUUUUAGUCACGUCAUUAAUGAAUUUGAAAAAAAUUGAUUCCAUGUCUUCUUCUAUCUUGCGUGAAUGUUCAAAUAUGGGCGAGAGCUUGCGACGGGCGACUCGAGGCUGGGUUGGCACUCGGGUAGCAGGGCAUCGGGAUGGAUGUUCUUUGGUGGCUUCCGUAGUUGCCCUGGUAUCUACUUAGGUAGAGAUGGGUCUGCAAAACAACACUGAGAUGUAGGGCAGGCCGAAGCGAGCUGGGACGGGACACACGGGAGGGCGAGCGGGUCUUUCUGUCUCGUCGAC